GUGUGUGUGUGAGCUGAUAUUAAGGUGUGGCACUUUUGCGCUCAUGAACUUGUUGAGGUUCAGGAGGAACUUGUUCCCAAUCCUGGCUAGUGACGUCACUUAUCCACCUCCUCUUUGAUCUUAGGACUUUUGCAGGGACCUUUUUUUUUUUUUCUUGCUACAGACAGAUGCUUUAAUUAAGCAUUGAAAAAAAUUCACACACUAUAUCCCAAAAUGGCAUAAUAUGCUCAUUCGUUUGUAUUACUGUGUAGUAGAGUAGUCUAGCUUAUUAUCUGAGAUAAAACAGUGCAUGGAAUAGGAUACGGAUGAAUCAUAAAUAUUUAGUGUAUAAGCAGAUCUAGCAAAUGUAGAAUGCUUCCUCAUAUUAUAUAACCACCACAUGUUUAGUGUGCCAUUUUGGAUGUGGCCCCUACCAACUGUUGGUCUCUUCAACCGUCAACCAGCUUCCAUGUAGUAGUUUAGGUUUGAUUUAUUCUAACCUACUCAUAAAGCUUCAGGUCAGACUGGUGGUGGUGGUGGUGUUGGUGGUGUAAGCAAAUAAGGACAUUUCUGUAUGCUUCUUGGUUGAAGUUCUGGGACAUGCCUUACCUGGACAGACACAAUCGCAUCUGUGGAUUCUUGGACAUAGAGGAAAAUGAGAACAGCGGCAAGUUUUACCGGCGCUACUUCAUCUUGGAUACGCCGCGUAACUCUCUCCUCUGGUACAUGGAUAAUCCACAGAAUUUGCCAGAGGGAGCAGAAUCUGUUGGAAGUUUGAGGCUGAGUUACAUUUCAAAGGUCAGCGAAGUCUCCAUCAAACAGAAGCCCAAAACAGAGUUCUGCUUUGUGAUCAAUGCUUUGUCUCGACGGUACUUCCUGCAAGCCAACGACGCCGUGGACUUAAAGGAGUGGGUCAUCACCCUGAAUAACGCCACUAAAAUUACAGUUCCGAAAAACCCAUCACCGGUCACUCAGAGCACAGACACUGCCCCUGUGACGAGCCAAACUCAGUCAACAAGUCGGCAGGCCUACAAAACAGCAAUUGUGGGAGGCGUGGUGGUCCACACACCGGUCCAGCAGAACGAAUCAGAUGAUGUGUUCACUAAUGAAGUGGCUCCACAUGUGACUCUGAGAAGAUGCCAGAGUUUACGGCCAAACAUUCUGAGAUCAGGAUACUGCGUCAAACAAGGCAACGUGAGAAAAAGCUGGAAAAGGAGAUUUUUCAUUUUAGAUGACCAGACUGUGAGUUACUUUAAAAAUGAAACGGAUAAAGAACCCUUACGCAGUAUUCGGUUGAGGGACAUACAGAAGGUUCACGAGUGCCUUGUAAAAUCAGGGGAUCUGCUGUCACGUGACAACCUUUUUGAGAUCAUCACAAACGCAAGAACCUUCUACAUUCAGACAGACACACCUGAAGAAAUGAAUGGCUGGAUAAAAGACAUUUCAUCAAAAAUUCAAGAUUUUAGAGGACCAUCAAAGAGUUAUCGUUUCACCUCCAGCCAGGUGAAACCACCCCUGAUAAAAUCCUGCUCCACAGCACAGUCCUGGCAGCCAUGGACCCCGGUCCCAAAGAAAGAGACUCAUUCGGUUGACGAAGACAUAAGAGAGAGCGCCUUCUGCUCGCUGCCCUCUCUCUCAGACGCACAGGAGAGCUCGGAGUCAAGGAUACGCCAGAGACACCACUCUCAGCCUCAACAAUCUGCCACAGACCCACACUUUGCCAUGGAUAUGGACAUGCACAUACGCACCUCUGAUGUCUAAAUCUGUUUUCUGCUAUUGCUGCUCACCAGCACGCUUUGUUGUAUUGCAUUAUCUUUUAUUUGUGCUUUUUUUUUUUUCCACACAACAUGCAAAUGCUUUUAGACAUAAGUGUGAUGGAAAGCAUUGAACAUGGCUACAUGGCUUUGAGAUCCUCAUCAGUGAGACUGUACAUGUGAAUAAAUUUUAUGAAAGGUGCUGAAAGAAGGGGCCAUACUUUUUUGUGUUUAAAAAUAAUAAUAAUAAUUAAAAAAAAAAAAAAAAAAAACUAAUACGACUAAGACAAGCUGUAUAGUCUUUUGUGAAUAUAGAGAGUUCAUGUAUCGGCAGAAUGAUCACAUGUAUGUCUUUCCUCCACAAUUGAUCAUGUAUGGCAUACACUUAAAAGUAUUAUGGAUAAUAAAAAUGUUGACAGGUU